UUCACUGUUAAAUUAAGAGAGAAGAAAUAACCUAAUUACAGAUAACCUUCCUGGAACUCUGCUCUUUCAACUGUCAACUGGGCGCUGCCAGAAGUAGAACAAAAACACCAACUGCUUCAUUUCUAGUCAAAUUAUGCCUAUCGUCUCUCUUGUGAACCCACCAUCCUGAGCUUCCCCAUGUCCCUCUUCUGCAACUAUUGUCUGCUUUUCUUCACAUAUCUAGCUCUCUCCGUGACACCCAGCUUCGCCCAAAACGGCACCGCUUCAUGCCCGCUCGACUUCGGCGUCCUCCGCAAGCUCAUCGCCGACUCCAAGUCCACCAGUAUUUCGGGUUCCCAGGAAUGCCAGUACGCCAGGCAAGGAUUGCGACUCGUCCAAUCCUACUACCUGCAGCGCAGUAAUUCAUUCUUGCCCCCGCUCGACUCGGCCGAGGCCUGCUGGCGAGCUUAUCAGGAUAUUGUUAACGAUUUACGACCCAACUUUGAUAUUCGAUCAUCUUGUGGAUUCAACACCAGUUGGAUCUCUCAAGGCUGUAUGGAUAUCACUACUAGAUCUCAAUAUGAGGCUCAGGUUCCCAACUCCUCGUUUCGUGACGUCGUUUCCAAUUGUAACCAGUCGCUUGAAAAUAAUUCCCCCUGUGCAGCUUGCACUGCCAGCUUGUCGAGGCAGCAGGCCUUGUACUUGACUGGGAAGUCCGUCGGGAACCUGUCGGAUUGUCAAGCGUAUCCGUCGAUUUAUGCGGCGGCGUUCGCUAAUAGGUAUGGUCCCACCGAUAGAGGUACAGCUAAGUGUUUGUUUUUGCUUGAUUUCAUUCCAAAGAAAUCGGGAAGCAAAAAGAGGAAACUUUUGAUUUUGCUAAUUUCUAUUUUGGGUGUGGGAUUGCUGAUAAUAAUUGGUGGGUGUUGGUUUUUGAGGCUAAGAUACGAGGGUUUGAGGAGAAAAAAGAAAAGAGAUAGAAUUGGUAGGGGAGUUGAGAUGAAUUUGAGUGCUGGAUUGGAGUCCAUCAGUGGAAGUACUACUCUUGUUGAAUACAAAAUUGAUGAGAUAAAAAAGGCAACUAGGAAUUUUUCGAGGGACAACAUUAUUGGAAGAGGAGGCUAUGGAAAUGUGUAUAAAGGUGAAUUGCCAGAUGGGUCUCAAGUGGCUAUGAAAAGGUUCAAGAAUAUGUCUGCCGCUGGCGAUGCUAGUUUCAUACAUGAACUCGAGGUUAUUGCUAGUGUGAGGCAUGUGAAUCUUGUUGCAUUGAGAGGCUACUGUACAGCCACUACUCCAUUUGAGGGUCACCAGAGGAUAAUCGUGUGUGAUUUGAUGAAGAACGGGAGUUUACAUGACCAUUUGUUUGGAUCUCAGAAGGAAAAGCUUAGCUGGCCUGUUAGGCAAAAGAUUGCACUGGGAACCGCCAGGGGAUUGGCAUACUUGCAUUAUGGCGCUCAACCAGGAAUUAUUCAUAGGGAUAUUAAAGCCAGUAACAUACUUUUGGAUGAAAGAUUCGAGGCCAAGGUGGCGGAUUUCGGUCUGGCAAAGUUUACCCCAGAGGGUGCAACUCAUUUAAGCACCAGAGUAGCUGGAACUAUGGGAUAUGUUGCUCCUGAGUAUGCUUUGUAUGGGCAAUUGACAGAAAGAAGUGAUGUGUAUAGCUUUGGUGUUGUGCUUCUUGAGCUUUUGAGUGGAAAGAAGGCACUCAUUGUGAGUGAAGAGAGCCAGCCUGCUCUUGUGACUGAUUGGGCAUGGUCACUGGUGAGGAAAGGGAAAGCUUUAGAAGUUAUUGAAGAUGGUAUCCCAGAGCUAGGCCCUCAAGAUAUUCUGGAGAAGUAUGUGUUAAUUGCAGUUCUUUGCUCUCAUCCACAGUUAUAUGCCAGGCCAACUAUGGAUCAGGUUGUGAAAAUGUUGGAAACAGAAGAAUCAAUUCCCACAAUCCCAGAAAGGCCAAUUCCACUUGUUGCUCAGCUGGAUGAUAUCGAGAGAUCAGCAAGCAGUAGCUGGUCAGGUCAGCUCUCUAGUCCGGCUGGCUACCGAACAUAUAUGCUAGAGAAUGAUCACCCUUCUAGCCAUCAGGCAAGGUCUAGUUCUGGCCACAUGGAGGCAAGGUUUAGUUCGGACUCUAGACCAGUGGAGUUGUUGUAAAUUUUGUAGAAUGGCCAAAGAGGAUCAUGUAAGCUCUCUUGUGAUGCUUCCGCUGAUUGAUAUGCUCUAUUUGAUCCCAAGGUUUCAAAAUUUGGAGCUACAACUCCACUGUAAAGAUAAAUGUAGAACGAAAUUUGAUUUUUUCAAGGGACAUACAUUUUUUCUUCUUGAUUA